CUAUUUAAACCCCCGACCUCUUCCCUUCUUCCUCCCCGCUUCCGCUUCCGCUUCCUCUCCUCCUCUAUUCAGAAGAAAAAAAGACAAAAAAGCUUUUCGCUUUCUUCUUUUUCUUCUUAGGCGAUAUUCUUCGCUGAUAAUCUCUGCAUUGCUGAUAUAAAAUUUCUUAUUUUCACUGGGAGUCCUAUAUUGACUAAAAUGGAGUAUGAACAUCGAUUCCGCCAGACUAAAUACGACUGUCUUCUAUUUGAUCUGGAUGAUACUCUGUAUCCCUUGAACUCUGGACUCGCAGCUCAAUGCAGGAAAAAUAUUGGAGAUUACAUGGUGGAGAAGCUUGGAAUUGAGGAGAGCAAAAUUAAUGAUAUGUGCAAUCUUCUCUACAAGAACUAUGGCACCACCAUGGCUGGUCUUAGGGCAAUCGGCUAUAAAAUAAACUACGAUGACUACCAUAGCUUCGUUCAUGGAAGAUUGCCUUACGAGAACCUGAAACCUGAUCCUGUUCUUAGACAGAUUCUGCUAAGCAUCCCAAUUCGCAAAGUUAUAUUCACAAAUGCUGAUAAAAUCCAUACUGUUAAAGUUCUAAGAAAAUUGGGAUUGGAAGACUGUUUUGAGGGAAUUAUAUGUUUUGAAACUCUGAAUAAAAAUGAAGAGAUAAACUAUUCAUUAGAAGAAGUAAGAGAAAACAAUAAAUCUAAUAUUUUCGAUAUCCUCGAUCAUUUCUCAAGAUCACAGCCAUCUACUGAAAUACCAACGUCUCCUGUCAUCUGCAAACCAUCUGAAUCCGCCAUGAUUCUCGCUCUUUCCAUUGCCAAAAUUAAUCCACAGAGAACUAUUUUCUUUGAAGACAGCAUUAGAAACAUUCAAGCGGGGAAGAGAAUUGGUCUGCACACAGUGCUUGUCGGAAGUUCACAGAGAGUGAAGGGUGCGGAUCAUGCUUUGGUGAGCAUACACAACAUAAAGGAAGCGUUGCCUGAGCUUUGGAAAGAAGGGGAGAAACCUGCAGAUGUUCUUUAUUCUGGAAAUGUUUCAAUUCAGACCUCAGUGACUGCUUAAUUAUGAUUUUAUCUUUUGUAUGUUACAAAUUAAAUUAUUACAUAUAUGUUGAGGAAGAAGA